UUUUUUUUCUAUUGUCUCGCCGAAACCGAGCAAAUCUGCUGGGGCUUGUAGUCCUUCCAGCGCCCUUCCCUAUCUCCUCCACGCUACUAAGCCUGGUUCCGCCUACUCUUUACUCCUUUCGACCUUUAGGCUUCUCUUAGCCGGUUUGAAGACCAGGAAGUGGGUAAUUCCCGUGGCCGGCUGCUGACAGACGGUAGCUCGAGUGGGACAGUCGCCAGUGAUGGCGGAGCGUGAGGAUGGAACGGUUGUCUGGGCUGCUCUCCCGGAUGCUGAACAGAGUCUUGUGGCUCUCGGGCCUUUCUGAGCCGGGAGUUGCCCGGCGGCCCCGGAUCAUGGAAGAGAAAGCGCUAGAAGUUUAUGAUUUGAUUCGAACUAUCCGAGACCCAGAGAAGCCCAAUACUUUAGAAGAACUGGAAGUUGUAAAGGAAAGUUGUGUAGAAGUACAGGAGAUAAAUGAAGAGGACUAUCUGGUUAUUAUCAGGUUCACGCCAACAGUACCUCAUUGCUCUUUGGCAACUCUUAUUGGGCUGUGCUUAAGAGUAAAACUUCAGCGAUGUUUACCAUUUAAACAUAAGUUGGAAAUCUACAUUUCUGAAGGAACCCACUCAACAGAAGAGGACAUCAACAAGCAGAUAAAUGAUAAAGAACGAGUGGCAGCUGCAAUGGAGAACCCCAACUUACGGGAAAUUGUAGAACAGUGCGUCCUUGAACCUGAUUAAUAGCUAUUUUAAGAGAUACUGAGCUGUAAUUGUUUGAUAUAUUUGUUUAAACUCUUUGUAAAAUGUAAAAGACUCAUGUUUAAUAACUAAGUGAUUUGUAUCUCAAAGCAUUUUUUAAAAGAUUAUUUUCAAGCAAGAUUUAAUUAUAAGGUAGUAUUCAUUGUACAGCAUUCUCAGGAUUUGUAACACUUAAGUGUUCAGAUAGAGAAAUAUUUUCUAGCUAUUAUGUGUAAGAUGAGUUGCUAUUUUUCUGAUGCCCAUUCGGAUACAACUAUUUUUCAUGUCGAAUAUCUACUGUGCCCAGAUGUAUCCAAUUUAAAUCAUUACUCUGUAAAAUAUAAGUAAAACAGAGAUGAUUCUUGUAAUGAUUCACAUGAAAAUGUUUUCAUUGAACUGUGAAUUUCAGUGUGAAUGUAGAUUCCUAAAAAUAUUUCCAAAGCUUUAAUUUUGCUGAUUAGUAUAUAAAUUAGAGAUCAGAGAAUCAAAAGGGAUAUUUAAGAAGAGAUCAGGUGUAGGCCCUGCCUUCCUUCAAAGAGAGUCCUGAAAAAAGAGGAACAGAUGAGACACAGACAUGGAGGUGGCCAUAUGAUACACUCAAAUUUGAAGAUGAAGACAUCCCCCAAAGAAGUUUUGAUUAAACCAAUCUAAAUUUAUGGUCUGUUCUUUAUUUGUAUUUUGUUCAUUUUGUUGUAAGAGACAGUGAUCGUUUGAAAUGUAACGGUAUGGUAGGCAGCCUCUGAGAUGGCCCCCAGUGAUCUUCACCUCCUGCUAUUCAUGCCCUUGUAUAGUUUCUUUCCAUAUUGAGUUAGAGCUGGUUGGUGUGACCAAAAAAGUAUGGCAGAGGUGACCAUGUGUGACUUCUGAGGAUAGAUCAUAACAGGUCUUGCUGCUUGUACCUUGGUCUCUUGGAUUGCUAACAUUCUGCAGGAAGCCAGCUGCCAUGUCGUGAGGAUAUUCAAGCAGCCCUGUGGAGAAUCCUAUGUGGAGAAGAAUUUAGGCUUCUACCAACAACCAGCACCAAUUUGCCAACCAUGUGAAUGAACCACCUUGGAAAUGAUUGUCCUGCUUCAGCCAAGCCUUCAGAUAACUGCAGGCUGACAUCUUGACUGAAACCUCAUGAGACCCUGAGCCAGAACUACCCAACUAAGCCACUCCCAAAUUCCUGACCCAUAGAAACUGUGAGAGAUAAUAAAUGUUUAUUGUUGUUUUAUGCCA